AUGCCACACCAAACCUCAAUUCAACUCCCAAUCGCCAUUAUCGGCGGCGGACCCAGCGGCCUAACAUUCGCCCGCCUCCUCGAAACAGCCAAUAUAAACUACACAGUCUUCGAGCGUGACACAUCCCCUCAACCAUCAGCACGCUUCCAAGGCGGCACCCUGGACCUGCAUAGAGAAACAGGCCAAGCAGCACUCCGCCGCGCCGGUCUAACAGAUGAAUUCGAGAAAUUAGCCCGCCGCAAUGCAAUGACUAUGACCAUCCAAGAUGCACACGGAAAUCACCGCAGUGUCUUUGAUGAGGUGCGCGAUGCGCCUGAGAUUGAUCGUCUCCAGUUAAGGCGGAUGUUGCUUGAUUCUAUCCCAAUGGAGCGUGUUCGGUGGGGCAAGAAUUUGGCUUCCGUUGAGAAUGAGACAGGUGGGAGUAAGGUGCGAGGUGCUGCGGGGAUAGCUCUGCACUUUGCUGAUGGAACUGUUGAGAGGGGGUUUCGGCUUGUUGUUGGUGCUGAUGGGGCAUGGAGUAGGUUACGGCAAUUGUUCACCCCUGCAAAACCACUAUACUCCGGGAAAAGCUUCAUAGAAGGCCGCUUAUCACCCAACAACCCACAAUACAACGCAGCGCUCGAAAUGGUGGGCGCCGGCAACUCAAUGGCCACGGGUUCGAGGAGUACACUCUGCAUCCAGCAAACAGCCGAUAGCUCUUAUCGUGUCUACAUGGGGUUGAUUGCACCAGAGGCUAUAACGAGACCUGGUGGCAUUGCCGAUGUAACCGAUACCGAAAAGAUGCGUGCUGCAAUGCUCGCACCUGGCGGGUUCUAUGGUGAUUGGGCUCCGCAUCUACGGGCUUUCAUCGCUGCAGCUGAGGGUCCCUGGCGUGCUUGGCCUCUCUAUCGUCUUGAUCCGGAUAUUUUCUUGCCUGCUCCUGCUGCGGAGGAUGAUAAGCAUGGGGAUCAAGGUUGCUGGAGGCAUGUUCCUGGGGCUGCGAUGUUGGGGGAUGCGGCGCAUAUUUCUACGCCAAAUGGGGAGGGUAUUAUGGCUGAGGUAAAUGGUGGCGAGGUUGGAGAUGGGUUUGAUGAAGAGGCCGAUAUUGUGGCUAUUGAGCGAGCUGUUGUUAAGUAUGAAGCUGAGAUGAGGCCUCGCGCUCGGGAUUAUAUUCAGCGUUGUAUUGAGGAUGAAGGUUUGUUUUGGGGGGAGGAUGCGGCAAGUCGUUUAGUUGAGAUGUUUCAUGAGGCUAUGAAGCAUGUCGAUGAGUCUAAGUCAGUCUGA